AUGUUGUUUUGGAACGAUACUGACUGCGGGAUUAGCAUUCUUUUCUGUUUGCCGGGCAUCUAUCUUGCUCUUACCGGCCUCGGUGCUGGUGGAGGUCGUCCGAGUUCCCAAACGGUUGCGUCAACCACCAAUGCAGUACUUUACGGUCUUUUCUGUCUUUUUGGCUGGAUUGGCGGGGCCAUUCUGAAUAUCUGUGGCCCCAAAAUUACCAUGAUGUUUGGCGCAAUUGGAUAUCCGCUGUAUGUCGGGGGCCUUUGGUACUUCGAUCGUCAAGGCCAUAAUUGGUUCCCCUAUUUAGGAGGCGCCAUUUUAGGUGUGACUGCGGGUUGCCUGUGGACUGCGUGCGGUUUUAUUCAAUUUGCGUAUGCCCAGGAGGAUGAGAAAGCACUGUUCAUCACCUGGCAAUGGGUCUUUACAAGCUUCGGAGGUACAGUCGGUAGUUUGAUCGCCUUUGGAGUCAACUUCCACCAGACUGAAUCGACCGGAGUCUCGAAUGCGGUGUAUUCUGUCUUCAUCGUCAUCAUGUGCAUGGCUAUUUUGAUCGCCUUCUUUUUCAUCAUCGAUCCAAAGAAAGUGGUGCGAGAUGACGGAACACAUAUUGCCAUCUUCAAAGAUCCCAAUGUCAUGGAAGAAAUCCGGGGUCUCAUCGAUCUAUUCACAGACUGGCGGAUAUUGAUGCUGAUCCCUGCCAUCUUUGUGGCAGAAAUGAACUUGGCCCUUCUUUCCAGCAUCAACGCUUACUACUUCAACCUGAGAACACGGUCGCUCAAUAAUGUUCUCUUCCAGUUUAUCAUGAUGCCAUGUCCUCUUAUGCUGGCUUUUGUCAUGGACACUAACCGUAUCAAAUCUCGGCGUGUUCGUGGUAUGGUCGGAACCUGUAUUAUGGGCGCUCUGUGUCUUGCCACGAAUGCCGGCCUGGCCGCCUGGAUCGUCAAGAACGAUGUCAACAGACAGAAGAAUACACCGCCAGGUGUUGACUGGUCCGAUAGUGCCUUUGGGGCUGGCUUUGUUCUUUAUCUGCUAGAAGGCAUCAUCUAUGCUACUUAUCAGAUCUGCGUCCAGUGGACAAUUGGGGCACUUUCAAAUGACCCACAGAUCUGCUCAAGACUUAGCGGACUUUUUAAGGGAACGACAGCACUGGGAAUGUGCAUUUCCUUUGUGCUAGACUCCAAGAAUGUUUCUUACCUCGACCAAUUGAUCGUGCAAUUUACAUUGUACGCCAUCGGUCUGGGUUUCCUCCUGAUCAUCAUCUGGACUCAGGUGAAGCCAACCAACUAUUUCUUGGAAGACAAUGUGAUUGUUCCUCACAAAUGGGAAGACCGAGCACGACUCGAGGGGUUCGUUGGCGAGGAGCAGAUCGAACGGGAACAUGAGAAGGAACUGAUGGCAGAGAAAGCCGUAUCUGUCGGGGCCAAGGGAUCGAUGGAAGUGAAUGAAGUUGGUCGUCGCACUUCGCAUGGUUCGAAGGUUUGA